AUGCAGUUAAACUCGAGUACAAGUUUGCUAUCAGACAAGCGCAUCCAACGCACUGUUGUUGCCAUAGGGUCGAUCAGCGCUGCAGUGGCACUGAUCAAGGCCACAUUAGCGCUCAUCAAAAGCAAGAAUGGUAACAGCAGUUUGCCCAUAAUCCCGUACAAAUACCCAUUUGUAGGAUCUACCUUUGAAUACUACACAAACCCAUUGAAGCUUGCCAAAUUCUACACAGAAAAGUGGGGUCCUACAUUCCGUUUGCACUUGCAUGGCGAUUUGGUUACUGUGGUCGGUGCGAAGGAUGUCCCUGAAGUAUUUAACCACUCGCAACUGAGCUUCUUGGCUAGCAACAGCAGAUUUUUCAACAGUGCGCUUUUCAAUGGUAAAGGUGAAUUUACGCUUCCUGAUAAGAGUGUUACGAAUGCUAUCAGGAAGCACUUGACACCCAACUUGGAUUAUUACAGCCCUCGUGCAUUCCGGCAGUUUUUGCAAGAAGUUGAUGACAAGGCAUUAGAAGACCAGUUUAUUCUGCGUAAUCUGAGACCCUUUUUCAGACGGUUUGUAGCAAAAUACAGUGCGUCUGUCUUUGUAGGCACGAGAAUGUGCCAAGACGAGAACUUAAUCAGUGCGUUUGAGCACGCAGUAGCAGAUAUUGGAACAGAAUUCAGACCAGGGCCCCUUCAAGUCAUUUUCCCUCGACUCAACUCUAUCUACACAAACUAUUUCUUUCCCAAGUCAAAGUCCAUCAAGAAACAUCGAGCAUUGAUCAAGGCAUCCCUUAGCACCGAGAUAGCAAAGCGCAUGAGCGAGGAAUCACAAGAGGACUGUAUUUACAAUAAGGAUGAGAAAAAGGAUGUCUUGGACUAUCUAUUGAAAACAUAUCCCCAUGAAAUGAAUAAUGAUCAUCUGGAAACUCUGACUACAGUCAUUCUUAUCCUGAUCUUUGUCGGUGUACAUACAACAUCAGAAGCAGUUACUUAUGUCAUGUAUUGUCUCGCCAAGCACCCCGAAUACAUUUCAGAAUUAAGAGAGGAACAAGAAAAGGUACUUUUGGAUGAAGGUGUUGCUGAUAGGGACCGAAAUGUCAUAUACACACCUGCCAUGUAUCGCCAAAUGGUCAAGCUGGACAGCUUCAUUAGAGAAUCCAUGCGGACCCGCAUGGUUGGAUUUGGACUCCCACAUACAAACAUUGGCGAAGAAGACAUUGUUUUGAAGUCAGGAGCUAUAGUUGAACCAGUUCAUCACGACAAAGACAAUCAACCCGGGUUUCAAAACUUGGAGACAUUUGACGGAUUUCGAUACGUGGAUAUGGAUAAGCUAGCGGUGAAAGCAGGUCAAGACCAUCUUGCAUUUGGCAUGGGAAGACACGCCUGUCCAGGCCGUUGGUUUGCAACACAUCAAAUUAAGGGAAUCGUGUCGUACUUUAUAAAGAAUUAUGAAAUCUCGGCAAAGAGCGAGAUUGGCAUUGCAAAUACUACGACUGAGCAUCAUAAAGGUCAGCCGACGGGGGUUGUCCAAUUUACCAAAAUUAAAUAA